AUGACGCCGGGCCACAAGGGCAAUAUGACCGCCCUCAACGCGAGCACGGGGGCGAUUCUUUGGCAGACGCCCACGCACGAGAAUCCGACCAUGGGUGCGGCCAGCUGCGUUCCAGACACGUUCAACAACGCCGCAGUCGGCGCUGAUGGCACCGUCUACUUUGGCUGGUGGGGUGGGUACGUGUAUGCAGUCGACGGGAAGACUGGCACGAUCCUGAGCUCCUUUCAGACCCAGAGCGGCAUCCAAGGCGCGCCAGCCAUCGGCGACGGCGUGGUCUACUUCUCGACUUGCGAGCACCUCUACGCCUUCAAGAAGGACACAAGAUGA